GACCACGAUGACGACGACAAUAAUAAUAAUAAUAAUACUUUAAAAAAAAAUAAAAAUCAAGAAGUGAGCUGUCUUUCUUCAUUCAUCGCUUUCGUCUUCUGUUCUGCUGGAAAACGUCAAUAAUCUCUUCACUGCAAAAUCCUCUCUUCCGUGAAGAACCCAAAGAGAUGACUGCUCUUCAGAGCUCUUUCGUUACUGGGUCGAUCAAAAAUCCCCAAUUCAGCUUCUCAUCUGGCUCGGCUCUGAAGUCUAUGGAACACAUGAGCUGUAGCAGUAUUAUUCCCAGUAAUAGCUUUCUGGGUAAAGUUAAGCUUACAACUUCAGGAAGGUCACUGAUCAUUCGAGCAAGUCGGGAUGAAGGAAGACCAAGUAGUGCAAGUGUUUUUGUUGGUGGCUUUGUCUUGGGAGGAAUUGUCAUGGGAGCAUUGAGUUGUGCAUACGCACCUCAGAUAAGCAAGGCGCUCACGGGAGCUGACAGAAAAGAUCUAAUGAGGAAACUACCGAAAUUCAUAUACGAUGAGGAGAAAGCUCUAGAGAGGACUCGUAGAAUACUGGCUGAGAAGAUUGAACAGCUGAACUCUGCCAUAGAUGAAGUCUCCUCUCAGCUUCACGGAGAUGACCCUCCGAAUGGAACUGCAGUUAAUUCAGACGAGAUCGAGGCUUCCAUUUAGUAAAAAACACCAUUUCGAACUCACGGUUGAGUUCGUAGUAUGAGAUAGGUAGUAUCCGGACGUUACUUUUUUCUUUCUUUGAACACGGAUGUAUCUCAAUAUGGGAUCUUCUAGAAACAUAGUAUAUGAGAAUUACGUGCUCAACUUCACAUUUCGUCCAAAAAUUAGUCUCAGGCGUGGCGUCUAUCCCUUGUACCUUUCUUGAACAUGAAUUUUCUCACCUCCAUAGACUGAAACCUUUGUUUUCUGCAAAA